AUGAUAAAAGCAAACUCCCACUACUCAUAUAAUCAUAUUACAUUCCACAUUUCAGUUUUCACACACAGAGCAGAACACAACAGAACAGCGACAGAGACACUCACUCACGCACACAUUCCUUCCUUCCAAGUCAUUCCAAAGCACCUCCAUAUCCAUACACCCUCCAACCGCGACACCAGGCUCUGAAUUUGCAUUAUCCCAGUCCCAGAUAUAGGGCGCAAUUGUAUAUGUAUAGGAUUCGGGAGAUGGUGGAGAUGGAAGGCGGCGCGUCGUCCAAGCAGCCGCAGCAAAUCUCCGAUAUGUUCCAGAAAUUCGCCCUCGCUUUCAGGACCAAAACCUACGAGCUCUUCGCCGAAGAUUCAGCCGCCGCCGACUCCGAUGGUGACGUCACCCUACUCCUCGACUCCGCUGAGGAAUUCAUCCCUGACCAGAAGGUUGUCGUCAUUAAACCGGACUCGAGUUCCAGCCCGGAUUAUUCGGGUGCCCAUUUAAUCAGAGCUUUAGUUCCUUCUCUCUUUGCCACUCUCUCCUCCUUCGAAGCUUCGUAUUUGCAAUUUCAGGCAGCCCAUGUGCCGGAUAUUGACAAGGAUGCCCUCGAACUGGCUGAUAAGUCGAUUGUCUCAAUUCUCCAGAAAUUGACUGAGAUGAAGAACUUUUACAAGGAUUCGAAGAACAGGAGCUUAGGUUCGAAUAGCGGUUUUGACUUUCCAGCGGCGUCGUUCUUGGAAUUUCAAGUGCAGGAGAAUCAGAGCAAGCUCAGGAUUUUGGAGACUGUAGUUAACUCCCUGCAAUCCCAGAUUGAUGUUAAGGAUGAUGAAGUGAGGGAUUUGAGGAAAAAAUUGGAUAAAAUUCGGGCUUCUAGUGCCAAUUUAACCCGAAAAUUGGGUUUGAAAGAGGAGAAUAUGGGUCCAGGGAUGGAGGUUCUGUUGACAAUUCGGGUUUUUGAAGCAAUGUUGGGCGAUUCAAUUAAGUCAUUGCGUUGUUUUACAAAGUUGUUAAUUGAUUUGAUGACGAGGGCUGGGUGGGAUUUGGAGGAAGCGUCUAAUUACGUUUAUUCAGGGGUGGAUUAUGCGAAAAAGGGGCAUUUCCGGUAUGCAUUUCUCUCUUAUGUUUGUUUGGGUAUGUUCCAAAAUUUUGAUAAGAAUGAUUUUGGAUUAUGUGAUAGCGAUACUAUAUGCAAUGGGAAUGGCCCUAAACAUAGUGAAAAUGGUGUAAUUGAUAGUGAGAGCAAUGGUUAUUUGAGGCAGUUAAUUGAACAUAUUGCGAGCAAUCCCAUGGAGAUUUUGGGUAAGAACCCAAAAUGUGAGUUUUCACGGUUUUGUAAGAGGAAGUAUGAGGAACUUAUUCAUCCAACAAUGGAAUCAUCAAUUUUUAGCAAUUUAGAUAGGAAGGAGAAGGUGUUGGACUCAUGGAAGUCGUUGACUGUGUUUUAUGAGUCGUUUGUUAGGAUGGCAAGCUCCAUAUGGCUGCUCCAGAAAUUGGCAUAUUCAUUUAACCCUGCGGUUGAGAUAUUUCAGGUGGAGAGAGGAGUAGAGUUUUCAAUGGUCUACAUGGAGGAUGUUUUGGGAAAAUGUAAUUUGCCAAGAAAAACGAGGCAAAGAGUUGAGUUCACUGUUGUUCCUGGGUUCAAAGUUGGGAGGACAGUCAUUCAGUCCCAGGUUUAUCUCACUGGCUUAACGGGUACUGAGCAGUGAGUUUCUUUUUAUUUAAAUAGAUGAAGAUUUAUGUCCGUUGAUUGGAAUGGAACUGAGAAAUAUGUGCAUAAUAUUGGGAGGGGUUGCCUUGGCAGGUAAAUUCUUGACACAAGAGUUUAAAUAUCGUGUUGCAUUGUCUUGGUUUGCUCCUCCCUCACGAAUGAAUACGUGAUCAUAGUUCGUUCAUUGUGUAUAAUUUCACUUAUAGGUUUCUGCUUUUCAGUUUUUACAGGUUCUCUUAGUAAUUGUAAAAAGAAGAAUGUAAAGUAAUGAUUUUUCCAUUCGCAUGUCUUGUUAUCUUUAGGGGUUUGGGGUGAGACUGACAGAUAGUUAUCAACUUGUACGUAGCUCUGUGUUACUAAGUCUAAUGGUUGAUUCACUUGGCUAUUGGAAAUUUUGAGCAACUUUUCUUU